AUGGACUUGCAGGCAGAUCGUGCCGGCCUCUUAUCGAAAGACGUGGAUAUAGAAGAAUAUGUGCGACAUGUAUACGGCGUAUCGACAGACGACAUCGAGGCAAUAAAGGCUAAAGAAUGGAAGCUUGACGGUCUGGCUACCUAUGUGAAUCUGCUUGGUGACGGCGCUCGAGAAGAGCAACUCUACGAACCAUUCAAGGCGAUUAUGGCCAACUUAUUCUGUACCUUCGAGAACGACAAACGGAAGCUCGACGUGCACCAUGCGUUCCUUGGCAAGACUGCACUGAAAAGCGUCGGGAAUGUCCGAAAGCCAGACCAGCUUUUCUUCUUCGGCUCGCACGACGACAAUUCACCUAUAACCUGGUCACUCGCCAAAGCUUUUGUCGAGCUCGCCGUGACACCUAGCGCACAGCGUAUCACAGCCAGUGGCUCAGCUAUAACCACAAUAAAUGAAGAGGAAGCGGCUGCCACACACGCCCUCGCUGCGUCAGCGCCCGACCUGAUACUGUCCCCAACAAUCGUAACACCGUCUGGCGGUACCAAACGCCGCAGCACAGAUACUCCAGACAGGUCGGAGGCGUCGAAGCGCGCCAAAAUCAGCGUCUUGAGCAAGAAAGAACCGCAAGCUGCUGGCUACGCUUUGGAGCUCUUGGCUUCCACUUGCAGACGAUGGGCCACCGGUUUGGUCAUUAUAGACACACAAGUGGCGUUGCAUUACUACGAUCGUGUGGGCGCUAUCUUCACGCAGCCUUUCAAAUUUGACGAGGAGCCAUGGAAGCUGGCGUUAUUCGCCUUGGCCAUUGGUCAGUGCAACCUUGUACAAGCAGGAUUCGAGCCGCUCGUCGCAUCCAACACCAACACCACCCUCUCUCAGCCGCUCUACUCAUUGAAAGACGCGAUCCUUCAAGUGCCAGAAGGCGAAGGAAAGGAGGGAAAAGCCCAGGGAGGGGACCUCAACGACGGGAUUGAAUUCGUGGACAAGCUCGGGCAAGGGGUCUAUUCGCACUUCGAAAUCACUGGUGAUCCGCUCUACGUUUAUGGUGGUCUUACCGGUCGGGGAUCGCAUGUCUUACCUGGAGAUCUGGUCAAGGUUGGAGAAGUUACUCCGCAGGAUAACACAGGAACUUUGGAUGACAGCAAAAAGCGACCGGCCACCACAGCAAAACCAAAAGGAGCCAUGGUUGUCAAGUUAAGUUGGCCAAUGGAGAAGCGGCCAUACCUUGAGGCGGAUACGAUUAACGACCUGCUCAAGAAGAUCGCGUGGAUGGAGGAUCAACUGCCUCGAAUCCACUGCGCUAUAACGCUCAAGGGUGAAUCUAUGGAACUACCGCGACAUCUCUUCCACAACAUGACUACCGCCCAUAACCUCGAGCGGCGGUACUUCACCCUUCUAUUCACCGACCGCUAUAAGCACCUGUGGGAUGUCGAGACACUGGCUGAGUUUCAGUUGGCAUAUAUUGACAUUGUUGAAUGCCACCAUGCUGCGACGAAAUAUGGUAGAAUAUUGCAUAGGGACAUAAGCGAGAACAACUUAUUAUGGACCAGGCGUGCAAAUGGCGUUUUCGGGGUGCUUAAUGACUGGGAUCUAGCAACGCCUAUCAACGCGAUUUGUGGUACUACAAAUCACCGAACAGGAACGGGCCCGUUCAUGGCCUUGGACCUUCUCGACAAGGUUCCGGCCGUUCAUCUCUAUCGCCACGACCUCGAAUCGCUCUUCUACGUACUUAUAUGGGCGGCGGUUCAUUACAACAUCGGGGACACUGUCCCGUACCUUCAUCAAGUUGAUCCGGAGCUGGAAAAGUGGAACGGAAACUACGAAGAUGCUCGUGCCGCAAAAACCCUCUUUUACGAAAACACCGAGCCUGUGAUGCAGCGUAUACGGCCUGCAAUGCUUCCGUUGCGCGCCAUUUGGAUCAAACCCCUCUGCGACUUGUUCCAGAAGUCGCGGGCUAAUGCUCGAAUUCUGCGAGCGGCCCAGGCACAACCCGAAGUAGUCGUUCCAAGUGUCCUACAGGCAGCCCGUGGGUCGCAGUUGAUGGAUGCCAGAAACGCCAGAGCCUUCGAUGAAAGUGAUUCCGAUUCGGACGACGAGCAAGAGGUUUUACCACCUCCCCCUGGACCUUCUACACCAGUUGCCCCACCCGUUGCCAUCGACUUUGAGACUUUAGGCUGCUUAACAUUCGAAAAUUUCUUGGCUGCUCUCGAUGGUUGUAAACCUCGUCGGAUACCCAAAAAAUACCGCGAACAAGCCAAACGACUUCUUGAAGAGCUAUGA